UCUAUCGCUAUAUAAAUUACACUUCCCUUCUCUUCCUUCAUCAUUAUUCACAACAAUUGCAAAUUCAACAAUUUCUUCACAUCUCAUCAGAAACACAGAGAAAUUUACAUCAUAAUGGAAAUGGCUGGAACAGAGCUGAGAUUAGGUUUACCUGGAACAGACUCAUCAUCAUCUGCUAGUAAAAUUACCAACAAAAGACCUUCAUCUGAUAUGAUCAAUAGUAACGAUGAUGAGCCAGCACCAAAAGCACAAGUUGUUGGUUGGCCACCUGUUCGAUCUUACAGGAAGAACGUGUUACAAGCUAGCUACGUUAAAGUGAGCAUGGAUGGUGCAGCUUAUUUAAGGAAAAUUAACCUUAAUGUUUACAAGAGUUAUCCACAAUUACUCAAGGCUUUAGACAACAUGUUCAAAUGCUCCAUUGGUGUAUGCUCAGAAAGAGAAGGAUACAAUGGAUGUGAUUACGUAGCAACAUAUGAAGACAAAGAUGGUGAUUGGAUGCUUGCUGGUGAUGUACCAUGGGAUAUGUUCAUCAAUUCUUGCAGAAGGCUUAGAAUCAUGAAAGGAUCUGAAGCUAAAGGCUUAGCAUGCCUAUAGAUGUGUGGCGGAUUCAGAAUUUAGACGUUCAUCUAAAAUACUGGUCUCAGUAAUGUCAGGAGAAUCCAAAGGCGAAGCUUAUUUGGUUCUUCAAGAAACUGGGAAAUCAAAUCAAAGUGAGCAAGAAAGAGCAAAUACUGAGUUUUUUUUUCUCUCUAUGGUUUCAUUUUUGUAUAACAAUCCAUGGGAUAUAUAGAGAAAGUAUAGCUUGAUCAGCUUUUCUUGUACAGAAGGCUUUUUUGUAUUUCUUCUUUUUGUUUUAAUUUGAAGAAUUCAAUGUAUUUUCGAAGAGUAUAUAAAUAUAUACAUAAUACAAAAGUUAGUGCAA